CGCUCUGAAAGGGUCCGGACACUUUUACCAAAACACAUUCGCCCCUCAACUGGCGCUGCCCGACCACAUAGUAAUACCCCUCAACACACGCAGAAAUGGCUGCUCUCGCCUCGAAGACGCAGUCGCAGAAGAUAUUCGAAAAGUUGCGAACGAAGCCAGCGAACAGAGUACGCACCUAUGCCCCUGACCGCAACACUCAGGAAGCCACAAUUGCUGACCAAAGACCGUUGGCAGAUCUGCUUUGACUGCGGCGCGAAGAAUCCAACAUGGACAUCCGUUCCUUUUGGCAUCUAUCUAUGUCUUGAUUGCUCCUCGAAUCACCGAAACCUGGGCGUUCACAUCUCCUUUGUGCGCUCCACCAACCUUGAUCGUAUGCUCAAUAUACCGCCGGCUGAGCAACGUCAAUAUGCUAAUACUCCGUAUAGAAUGGCAAUGGGACCAACUGCGAAUCAUGAAGGUUGGAGGAAACGAAUCUGCGACCAAGUUCUAUCAAUCCAAUGGCGGUAGCGCAGCCUUGAACAGCAAAGACCCCACAACCAAAUAUACUGCGAACGCCGCAGUUAAGUACAAGGAGGAAUUGAAGAAGAGAGCAGCACGCGAUGCUUCUGAGUAAGUUAUUCUAUGCAUUUAGAAGUGUGCGCCACUUACAUUUCUUGAGGUAUCCUACCGAAGUAGUUAUUACAGAUGUUAUGAGUAAUGGACCAACGGACGGAACAUCGACACCUGCAGGAGAACCAGAAGAUGAUUUCUUUUCCUCUUGGGAUAAACCAGCUAUCAAGCGACCCACUCCCCCUAUUUCCCGAACUGCAACACCACCUGUCGUAGGACGAACUCCUUCCCCUUUCUUGAACUCCGGAAGCACCAAUAGCAAUGGAAGCGGUAUCGCAAGAACAGCUUCGCCGUUGGCAGGAACAGAAGGUGCCGCGGCUGCCCCAGCUAGCAGAAUUACAUCAUCUGCAGCAUUGCGCAAAGGAACGGGGGCCGGCGCCGGGCCGCGAAAAGCUAACGUACUGGGCGCGAAGAAGACAAAGUUAGGCGCAAAGAAAGUUACAGGAGACGUCAUCGAUUUUGACGCCGCGGAAAAGAAGGCAAAGGAAGAAGCAGAAAGGAUCGCAAAGCUGGGUUAUAAUCCAGAUGCGGAAGAAGCUCCCAGGAAGGUUGCUGUUACCAAAACCGCCGAUCUUAAUAAGAUUGCACCUACGCCUACAAGCCCAGGCCGAGCAGGUUAUGGUUCUGCACAACGAGAGCGUAACACUGGCGAAGUUGAGAGACUUGGUAUGGGUAUGGGCAGGCUAGGAUUUGGCCAGGUCGGAGGUGCUAAAUCUGCCACGGCACCUGCGAAGAAGAUGGGUGGGUUUGGGUCCGUUGGUCCUAUCAAGGCCUCCCAAGAAGGUAAGUCUGGAAACUCCAUUUUCAUUGUAGUAUGUUGAUCGGGAUUUAGACGAUGACGAAAAAUACGCUCGAUCGAAAUUUGGCGCCCAAAAAGGUAUAUCUUCCGACGAGUUCUUCGGAAAGGGAGAUUUCGAUCCAAACGCGAAAUCUGAAGCCAAAACUCGACUCCAAGGAUUCGAGGGUGCUUCUGCUAUUUCCUCGAAUGCAUAUUUCGGACGUCCUGAAGAUCAAGAGGGAGGAGAAGAUUACGGCGAUUUGGAGGGCGCAGCAAAGGAUUUCGUCAGAAAAUUUGGAGUUACGGCUGGCGACGAUCUGGAAAACUUAACCCAAGUCCUUGGAGAGGGUGCAACCAAACUGCAAGGAGCUAUCAGAAGCUAUCUCAAUGGUUAAGUACUUGUAUAAGAUGAAUGAAGCAACCACGCCGGCGUAGGGAACGUAAUGACCUUCAAACGAGAACACAAUCACGUAUGAAUGGAGGAAACAUUGUGAAGCAAAAAAGGGGUCAAGUGCGGGUGCAUCUUAGUUUUUUGGUUCUUUGUGGCAUAGAAUGCGUUGCUCCCUUUUUUUUAUGAAUAUAUUGUAUCAUUCUAUUAA